UAAAAUGACAUUUUAGUUGUUCCGUACCAUCUUCAAGUCAUUUAAAAUUUACGCUUUUAUUGAAAACAUAAAUAAAAGCUUUGAUACAUCCGAAGUCUCCAUCGUUUAACUGUGUGUUACACCUAAAAGUAUCUAAGGGGUGCCGUUAAAAACUUCACAAUGGCUGAUGUUAUGGAUAUAUUAGAUCUGCAGCAGCCUUCUUCGGAACUAACCAAAGGAGCUGUACUGAAUAGCCGGAAAAAAGCUAUUUUCGACCGUGCGAGAGCGGUCAGACGGCCGGACGGAAUGAAUAGGGAAGUGUUCGCUCUUAUGUACAAUGACAACAAAGAUGCACCGCCUCUUCUACCCACGGACACUGGAGCCGGUUACAAGCAAGUGAAGGCUCGCCUCGGCAUGAAGAAGGUGAGAAAAUGGGAAUGGGAACCAUUUACGAAUCCUGCACGAAAAGACGGUGCUGUCUUUCAUCACUGGCGCCGUACAUCCGACGAACCGAAAGAAUAUUUAUUUGCUCAGUUCAAUAAGCAGCUGAACAUUCCAACGUACACAGCGAACGAGUACAAUACUCAUUUGAAGUCGAAUCCGAUGAAAUGGUCCAAACCACAGACGGAUCACCUGUUUGAGCUGGCAUGCAAAUUCGAUCUGAGAUUUGUCGUUAUGGCCGAUCGGUGGGAUCGAGCGAAUCAUGGCACGAAAACGGUGGAAGAUUUAAAGGAAAGAUAUUACGAAGUCUUGAGCAUCUUAAACAAGGUCAAAAACACCGGCGAUAAAAAGGCGUACCCUUAUGAUGCCGAGCACGAACGGAAACGGAAAGAACAGUUGACGAAGCUUCUCGUUCGAACACCGAAACAGAUCGAAGAAGAGCAGAUGUUGGUGAAUGAAUUGAAGAAGAUCGAAGCACGCAAAAAGGAACGCGAUCGCAAGACUCAAGACCUGCAGAAACUCAUCUCACAGGCCGAUCAGCAAGGCGAUCCGGCACCGACCCCACCCAGCAAUAGAAAGCAGGACAAAAAAUUGAAUAAGAAGAAAAUACAGAAUCAAAUUCGACCGUCGCGUGUGGAUUCAAUGGUUAACCUGGAAAGUGCUGGAAUUAAAUUCAAUGACCUCCGUGGCACUGGUGUAUCACUACGUUCGCAGCGUAUGAAAUUGCCAGCAAAUGUGGGACAAAAGAAGACUAAAGCCCUUGAGCAGGCAUUGAUCGAGUUCAAAGUUGAUCCAGCACCGCCACCGACUGAUGAAAUCUGUAAUGUUUUCAAUGAGCUUCGAUCCGACAUGGUGUUGUUAUGCGAGCUACGAACCGCCCUCGCCGAUUGUAAAUUUGAGCUCGAAAGUUUGAAGCAUCAAUUCGAAGCCGUUUGCCCGGGUAAAACCUUGAACGUUCCGCUCUCAUUGAUCAACACGCCGGACAUUAAGCAGGAAAUACUGGAAGAGAGUAUGAGUGUUGACGAGUUGUCCCAAACGCCGACAAUGUGAACAAUCAUCUUGUUCUAACGUGAAGUGAUGGAGAAAUAAAACCAAUAGUCUAAUGUGACA